GCGGACUGGCUCGGUGGUAAAGUGCGUUAGAGCCACCAGGCUAACCGAGCUGAUGUUGUGAAGCUAGUCCUUGUUGAUGAAGAUAUAACUUCUGUUUGCUGCUUUCGCUGGUGAAUCUUUGCUAACAUCGAUGUUAGCAACUAGCCUGUGGGUGUAAAUGCUCUUCACUAGCAUGGACCUGUUGAACUCUCAGUUCCUGGACAAGAUGAACAAUAACAUUGGGAGACUGCACUAUGAAGAUGAGUCCAGGACACCCUCCCAGCCCAAUGCUAUGUCCAAGAUAACUGGGCCUCCUCCACACUGCCCAAGCAAACGGAAGUAUGGCGAAGAACAAAUGGACGACCGAAUCAACUGUGACGAUGACCACAUGACCAAAAUGAGCAGAUUGUUUGCCACUCAGCUGGCCCGUCCCUCUGCUGGAGACAAUCGUAAUGAGCACUGGAGCCUGGGUCACACUCCUGUGGAGCACAUCUCUUCCUCCUCCAACGGUCUCCAUGGGAACCACCUGUACGCUUCCAUUUCUAGCUACGCUGUAGACCAGCCUCUGGCUCUGACCAAAAGCAGCCACGACGACAUUGUCGGGCCCAGAGAGCGGUCUGUCAUUGGUGGGCCUGUAGAGCGCCAGCAGAAUCGUCCCUCCGUUAUUACCUGUGCCCCUGCGAGCAACCGCAAUUGUAACCUCUCGCACUGCCACAUGAAUGGCUGUUCCCCCAGCCCACCUUCUGAUCAGAUGAAGACCAACGCUAACACAGAAUGCGAUCCUGUGAUUGAGGAGCACUUCCGCCGCAGCCUUGGAAAGAACUACAAAGAAGCAGAGCCCGUGUCCAACUCCGUGUCCAUCACAGGCUCAGUGGAUGACCACUUUGCCAAGGCGCUAGGAGACGCCUGGCUCCAAAUCAAGGCUAAGGAUGGGGGUCAUCAAACCCCCGAGGCAGAUCCAUGAAGCAGAGGGGAGUAAACGUUACAAUCGCUUCCUUUAGAGUUUUGCGUAUGAGAGUGGCGUUUUGCCCACUGUCAAUUCUUGCCAAGCAUUUACUUCCCUCAGCCAAGAACAAUGUAUUAUAUGGUGCUCACAAGGUGUUCCCUUGAGGACCUCGAGGUCGACCCUUUAUUAGAACACUCAGCUUAAUUUAAACUUUAUUUCAUUGGUCAUCUAUAUACAGGUACAUACAUUCAAUUUGACUUCUGCAUUUAACCUAUCCUAAGCAUUUUAGAAUGCUUUAAAAUGGCAACUUCUUUUUUUGACAAAGAGAAAAUGAGUUCGGUGUAGUUGGGUUGACAAUGUUAGUUGUGGAAACUGUACAAUCAGAUUUGAUCUUGCAUUGAUAAUGAGAUUCACAAAGUGUUCAGGAGUUCAUCUACCUGCCUUUUCAUCUGCCUUGCUAGCCAAAGAAAUUCCCUGCCUUUCCCCAUCAACAUAUAAGCCAUAGAUCUGGUCUGUAUUGCCUUUCAUUCUAAAAUCGCUCUGCUUUUUUAAAAAUCUAUAUUACUUGAAAAAGACAACCAGGUCUCAUUUGCUCUUUUACGUAUCUGACCGUGUAGGUAGCAGGUUACCUGUUUCAGUUGGAACAAACGAGUCCAUGAAUGCGUCUUUUGUCGUCUCUGUUUUUGAAAUUGAGACAAUGCAAUUAAGGCUCUGGUCCCCCCUUCUCCUCUCUGAACACACUAGACUAAUGUGUUUCCUUUGUGAUCCUGAACUGGACUUAUCCACUGUUAACUGAGUUAUUUUAGUUUCCUGUCUAUAUGCUCACUGUGGCUGAUUACUUAGUAAACUAAUAUCAAUCAUAGUAGACGUGUCCAACUAGAACGCAUGUUUCAAAUAGCUGGUUUCUAUUACAAACCUUAUUCUAUACUAUAUAUUUACUCAGAAUUUAUUUUUUAUCUGUAACAUUUUAGAAAUACUCACUGCUGGUACAGUUGUACUCAAUAUAUUUUUUGUAUCUGGUUUUCAUUACUAUAUGUAGGUGUAUAUCUUAGCACCCAUCUACAAAUCACAGCCUCUGGAAAGGUUGUCUGAAUGCAGUUUAACAGGCUAUUGUUGCUUGUUAUUCUGUGGACCUGGAUGUUAUAGCUUUCUGAACGACUGAAUAGAGCUAAACCCGACCUUCGCUAGCAGUCUAUUAGCAGUGGCUUUAUUUAUUCGGAACGCGUCGAUAGUUUCAUGUUGACUUUUGGCAAAACAUGGCGACAACAGAAUUCAAACUUUGAUUUGUUUCUUUCUAAUGAGAACAACGGAGGAUUUCUCCACUGCUUCAAUGACAAAGCAGGUGAUUUCCCUUUAAAACUAACAUUUAAACACACCUGAAAUAUGGGUGUCCUUAUUUCACGAGUAGGCAUCAACAUUCCACCAUGGUUGUCUGACACUUGUCAGUCACUUCAGUUGAGUUUAGCAAGAACAACAAGUAUGGUUGUCCUUUUUUAAUCAAGGUGAUGUCAUGGUGUGAGCUGCCAAAAUGUCCCUUUUUGUUAUGGAGAAAAGUGUCGGUGGGUUACAAGGUUUCUUUUGUGCGUAUAACUCUUGUUCAAAUUAAUUUCUCACCCUUUUGAAAUCCUCUACUUACGGUAGCGUAACCUAUUUGUCAACACUAAUUAAGAUAUGGUUUUGUAAAUUCAGAUUUUUUUUUUUUUUUUUUUGGUAUGUCAAUUAACUGUCCCAGAGGACCUACAUUUGUAUUAAUAUUCUACAGUUUUAAAAUUGUUACAUUCACCAUCCUCUCUUUAUAUUUUACUCCUAUAAGACUCAUCAUUGCGCCGCGCGGAAUGAUCAUAGAUAUUUUGUUUCUAUUCAGAAUAGUGUACUCGUAUGUAGCAUGGAUGCUCAUUAUCUUCAACAAUCUUUCUAAAAGUUGGUUAUUUUCCCACAAUUGUCAGACGAUGAAUAAGUGCAGGAACACAACAGUCUUUUGAUCAAAGACUUUUUCUUGGUGCAGCGUCAAAGACUUCUGUACUAACCGUUUAAAGAGUUUGUUUAGCUUUGUUUAGUGUGUACUCUAGUGGAUUUUAGGGUUUAUCAUGGAAUCUGCUUGUUUGACACAAGUAGAUUUGUCAGUAAUAUGUUUUGGGGUAUUAGUCCAUUGUUAUUUAAUUGCUAUAUUUAGACGACCUGUAUCUCAAAGACUGUUUGCAGAAAGGUCCUGCUUCAGGUGUCAUCCACGUAGAAAAGAAGUUAACACUUGUUCACUUUUGUCCUUAUUUCUCUGGAAGAAAAAUGCCACUGUUUUGUACUUAAUUUCUUCCAAAUAAACAAAAAAAUGCCUACCUUUGGAUAA